UAUGGGUUUGAAGAAAAAAAAGGUCUGUACAAAAUGUAUUAUAGAGCUAGAGUCAACAGUGUAAGCUCAAGAUAGGGAUGAAACUGCGCAGCGAAGAAACAAGUUAAGUCCCGCUAGGGAGAAUAAGAUGGCACUCCAGAGGAGGGAGACCAAAUCAUGCAACUGACACGGUGCCGUUGCAGGAGCCUUACGCAGGAGCUGUUCUCAUGAAGACCCCACUGGUAACUCUCCAACCCCACCACCAUGAACGGGGCCCUGAUCCCCCAUACACCCAUCGCUGUGGACUUCUGGAGCCUGCGCAGGGCAGGCUCCGCACGACUCUUCUUCUUGUCCCACAUGCACUCGGACCACACCGUGGGUCUGUCUAGCACCUGGGCGCGGCCCCUCUACUGCUCCCCAAUCACUGCUUACCUCUUGCGUCGUCGGCUACAGGUAUCUAAGCAGUGGAUCCGAGCUCUAGAGGUUGGUGAGAGCCAUGUCCUACCUCUAGAUGAAUUUGGGCGAGAGACCAUGACUGUAACCCUCAUCGAUGCCAAUCACUGCCCUGGCUCUGUGAUGUUUCUCUUUGAAGGAUACUUUGGAACCAUCCUCUACACAGGUGAUUUUCGGUAUAUACCGUCCAUGCUAAAGGAGCCAGCCCUGAGUCUGGGGAAACAGAUCCAUACCUUAUACCUAGACAACACCAAUUGCAACCCAGCCCUGGUACUUCCUUCCCAACAAGAAGCUGCCCGCCAGAUUGUCGAGCUCAUUCACAAGUACCCACAACAUAACAUAAAGAUAGGACUGUAUAGUCUGGGAAAAGAGUUGCUGCUGGAGCAGCUGGCCCUCGAGUUUCAGACCUGGGUGGUGUUGAGUCCUCGGCGCCUGGAGUUGGUGCAGCUGCUGGGCCUGGCAGAUGUGUUCACGGUAGAGGAGAAGGCUGGCCGCAUCCAUGCUGUGGACCAUAUGGAGAUCUGCCAUUCUGCCAUGGUGCACUGGAACCAGACCUGCCCUACCAUUGCUAUCCUUCCCACAAGCCGGAAAAUUCACCGCUCCCACCCUGAUAUCCAUGUCAUCCCUUAUUCUGACCAUUCCUCCUUUUCUGAGCUUCAUGCCUUUGUCUCAGCACUGAAGCCAUGCCAGGUGGUGCCCAUUGUCAGGCGACAGCCCUGUUGGGACUACUUUCAGGAUAUCCUGAGCCCCAGGCAGUCUGUGUCCCUGAUUCCAGACUCAGUGCAGCAAUACGUGAGUUCCUCCUCUGGAAAACCAGACAUUCUCUGGCUGUUAGAAAGAAGGCCGAAGAGGCUGAGAACACAGGGUGUCGUGUUUGAAUCCCUUGAGGAAAAUGCUGAUCAAUCUCAAGCUGACAGAGACCCAAAGGAGGCCAAGAAUGAGAACCUUUCUGGGGACCUUGAGAGGCAGCCCUCCCAGUGUCUUUUGCCGAUCAAGACACAGUUGUCCCCAGACCCCUGCAGCAAAGAAUGGGAUGGGUCAGUCCCUUUCUCUGAGUCCCAGGAGACUACCCCCUUUGGUUUUUCAGUGCACUUAAGGUCUUCAGGAAAUGAGGAAUUUCUCUCUCCAGAAACUGGGGAGGAAGUUGGUCUAGGGCCUCACGUGGUACCCUGGGGAUGCCAGGAUGACUCAGCAGCCCUGAGGAACCAGAGUGCCUGGGUGGGUCAGGAUUCCUCCCGGUCUCACAGCAUCAAGGCUGCCCUUCUUCCUGCUCCUGAGUUGAGGGGCCCAGCCCGAAAAUACCUUCUGACUCCAGUGAACUUUUUCCAGGCAAGGUUCUCUUCCAGGGGAUUUGACCAGCAAGUGGAAAAGUACCAUAAACCCUUGCUGAAGUGCAGACAGGAGAGUACGGAAUGACAGCCUUGUUUGAUCCAGCACUGCAGUUUGAAGAUAGUGACUGAUGGCUGGUAGGGAGAGUUUGUUUGGGACCUUACUUUUCUUUGAGGCUCACAGGAUCUUCAUGGGCUCAUUCUGGAGCAAUAAUCCUCAAAGUAUGUUCAUUGGCAUCCUAGUGCCUAUGGCAUCCUUAGUUUUAUAGUUGACUGUUUAAGAAACUUCUCAUUAUAACCCCUUAACAGUAUGCAUUAGUUACACAGCACAUUAAAGGUGCUGAAAGGUCCCGCAGGACUUAAUCUGUUUAACUUUGCAUAACGCAGUAUUUCUCCAACUUUUUUGAACAUGCAGUCCUCUUCUGGGGUGCAGAAAGAGAAUCUGAAUCAGAAAGGAUCAGGUUAUUCCCAUUGUUGUUUUUGUGUGUCAUGUGCCAUUCCCCAUGUCCCCUUCUCCCUCUUCCUAGAUAAAAGUCCCUAGUUUGUGCUGCUUUUUUAAGUUGGGAACUGUGCUGCUGGAGGAGAAAGUGGUGAUCCAGGCAGCACGUUCCAAUCCUGAAUGUCACAGACUUGCUGUGACCCCAUCCAAGUAACUUCCUGUCUCUGCCUCUGGGAGGGAACAGGAAGCAAUGAAGAACCUUGGAACAUGCAGAAAAAUUCCACCUCUGCCUCCCAUAAGAGGUAGUUAGUGUCACUGGGGACCUAUCUGGAAUAGAGCCAGCUGGGGGAUUGGGCACCCCUCACUAAGGCAGUACCUGGGCCCUAACUGAACCUGAGUCUUAGGGUACACUGGGCCUCCCAGCCACCUGGAGGCCCUGUUUGGCUGAAAUAAAGGUACGAAAGAUCAAAA